GUACCCUGCAUUUGGCUUCAUCAAUGUUUGUCGCCAAUGCAAAACAAGGCAGGCACCAAGAGAGUGAUAGGAUCAUCAGGUUGCCUGGUCAAGCGGCAAACAUUACUUUCUCUCAAUACUCAGGCUAUGUAACAGUUGAUAAGAUUGCUGGCAGGGCUUUAUUCUACUGGUUGAUUGAAUCUCCAGCUAGUGAGAAGCCUGAGACAAAGCCACUUGUUUUGUGGCUCAAUGGUGGACCUGGCUGCUCAUCCAUUGCUUAUGGCGCAUCGGAGGAGGUUGGCCCUUUUAGGGUCAGUCCUGAUGGCAAGACACUCGGUCUGAGUCCAUAUGCUUGGAACAAAGUGGCCAACUUACUAUUCCUGGAUUCUCCUGCUGGUGUUGGAUUCUCUUAUUCGAAUACUUCAUUUGAUAUGGUGACUGGAGAUAAAAGAACAGCUAAAGAUGCUUAUAACUUUCUGAAAAGAUGGUUUGAAAGGUUCCCUCAAUAUAAAAACAGGCCAUUUUACAUUGCUGGAGAAAGUUAUGCAGGUCACUACAUUCCUGAGCUAUCUCAGGUCAUAGUCCGACACAACAAGGGUCUCAAGAAUCCCAUCAUAAACUUUAGAGGAUUUCUGCUAGGGAAUCCGCUGAUUGAUGAUUACUAUGACAACAUAGGAACAUUUGAGUUCUGGUGGAAUCAUGGAUUGAUCUCGGAUUCAACUUAUGAGGCACUAAACAAAUCCUGCCCAUAUGACUCGUUUUUGUUCCCAAGGAUCCAGUGUUUCCAAGCCCUUGAAAGUGCUUAUUCGGAGUUUGGAGACAUCAAUCCCUAUGCCAUUUAUGAUAAUCCUUGCAACGACCUCGGAACCCCCAUCAAUAACUUAAAUAUGCCCCUGCCCUGGAAAUUCAGAGGGAAUGAUCAGUGCAUCGUGAAGUAUACGAAAGUGUACAUGAAUAAUCCGGAUGUACAAAAGGCUCUGCAUGCCAACAUUACUCAACUUCCUCAUCCUUGGAUGACUUGCAGUGAAGUUAUAAGGAGCAGCUGGACUGAUUCCCCGAAAUCUAUGCUCCCCAUUUUCAAAGAACUUAUAGCAGCAGGCCACCGACUAUGGGUCUUUAGCGGAGACACAGAUGCAGUUUUGCCGCUCACAGCUACCCGCUAUUCCUUGAAAGCUCUAAACCUCAAGAACAUUACUGAUUGGUAUGCUUGGUAUGACAAGCGAAAGGUUGGUGGUUGGAGCCAAGUAUAUGAAGGUUUGACAUAUGUGACGGUGAGAGGAGCUGGGCAUGAAGUUCCAUUGGGCCGCCCUAGGCUUGCUUUGACUCUUUUUCACCAUUUCUUGAAAAACAAAAAUCUGCCUUCAUCACCAAGUAAACUUUUUUGAGUACCCAAAAGGAUUAGGAA